GGUUUUGGAGCCGUAUAUCUAUGCAAAAAUAAGGAAGGAGAAUUGAAUGCACUUAAGAUAGAAGCUGAGAACGAUCCCUUAGGGCUGCUUAAAAUGGAGGUCUACGUAUUGAUGGAACUCAAGAAAACGAAAUUUCAGGCUCGUCAUUUUCUCGGACUCAAAGACAGAGGUCACGUGCCGGGGAAGUUUAAUUACGUAGUAAUGACCCUGGAACUACGAAACGAAGCAUCGAUGAAGAAGUUCUCAAUGGGUACGGCGAUUUCUGUUGGGCGGCAAUGUCUUGAAGCACUCGAAGAUCUGCAUAACGUCGGGAUACUUCACAGAGACAUCAAACCUGGAAAUUAUACUAUUGGAAGAAAAGAGAUGAAUGAGCUGAGAAAGGAAUCAAACGAUGUGGGCUUGUUCAAGAAAGACUGCAAAGGCGAACGAUAUCGAUGCCUUUUCGGUGGUUGCCCUCGUGAAUACACGGAGAUUUUCCCAAUACUCGAUAAAGUUCGUUCUAGAGGCAAUGUUCCAUAUAUUUUUCCAACAUGUAGUAUUGGACCAACUAACUUAUUUUAG